GCUAAAACCGACGCACCUGUGCAUCAUCUCUUAUCUAUUCAAAAAACUCUCUGUUUGGUGGAAAUGAAUUCAGUUCCUUUCUCCAUUGGAACAUACAUUCCAACAAAGCAUAACGCACUCAAAUCACUCUGUAUCAAAAAUUCUCAAACAACAACUAACUCAAUUCCACAUUUUACCAAACUCAAAGAGACAGUUAGUCCAUUGCCUUGUUUGUUCACAAGAAGAGAAACUCUUACUACUCUUGGAUUGAGUUUUUCAGCUACUUUUUUCAGGGACUUUUUGCAGCCACAGUCGAAUAUUGAAGCAAUUGCUGCAGAAGAAGCUACAACUACGGAAUGUGAAUUUACGGUUACACCUUCAGGUCUUGCUUAUUGUGAUAAAGUUGUUGGUUAUGGCACUGAAGCUGUUAAAGGACAAUUGAUCAAGGCACAUUAUGUAGGUAAACUGGAAAAUGGGAAGGUCUUUGAUAGCAGCUACAACCGUGGAAAGCCUCUCACGUUUCGUGUUGGUGUUGGCGAGGUUAUUAAAGGCUGGGAUCAGGGAAUUCUUGGAGGUGACGGUUUUCCUGCAAUGCUAGCUGGAGGAAAGCGUAAACUGAAGAUUCCUCCUGAACUUGGAUAUGGAAUAAGGGGUGCCGGCUGCAGAGGAGGUACAUGCAUUAUUCCUCCGGAUUCAGUUCUAUUGUUCGAUGUGGAGUUUGUUGGCAAGGCUUAGAUUUGAGCAACAGAGGUAUAUUUUGUUCAUAAAACGAUUCUCCUUUGCAACCAAUAUCUGAGGGACUAUUGUUAGGUUAAUUGGUUGAUCAAAGGGCAAACUUUUUGUAAGCUGCAGUGCAAAUGAUAAUGUGUGUUAAUACUUGAGAUCUUGGCAGUACAUACCAUGAAGUGUUUGUAUAUUGAUUAUUACAUAUAAAGUAAUUUCGGGGGA